UGGGGUGGGGGGAAGAGUGGCUUAUGUAUCACUGUGCCUGUGGGAUUUUGCUAGAGCCAAAGUGAAGGAGACGAGGCAAAGACUUUUGCAGAAGAGUUUGAGGCAGAAAUCCUGACACAUGGCAACUGCAGGGAAGGCUAUUAAAUGCAGAGCAGCAGUCAUCUGGGAAGCAGGCCAAAUACCUUCUGUUGAAGAGGUGGAGGUGGCACCACCAAGAACCCAUGAAAUUCGAGUGAAGAUAGUGGCCACUGGGAUCUGUCGGACAGAUGACCACGUAGCAGCGGGUAUUUUCCCUGACAUCAACUACCCAGUGAUUGUGGGUCAUGAAGCAGCCGGUAUUGUUGAAAGCGUUGGACCAGAAGUCACGUGUGUCAAGCCAGGUGACAAAGUCAUUCCUCUAUGUGUCCCCCAGUGUGGAGAAUGUGCCUCUUGUUUGAAUCCUAAAACAAAUUGUUGCCUCAAAGGCCAUGUCUGUCAAUCUCAAAAUCUGAUGCCGGACAAAACAAGCCGAUUUACCUGCAGAGGGAAGCAAGUGUACCACUUCCUGUGGACGAGCACCUUCUCUGAAUACACAGUUGUGCCAGAGGCUUCCAUUGUGAAGAUUGACAAUGCUGCUCCUCUGGAGAAAGUCUGCCUGUUUGGCUGUGGGUUUUCUACUGGCUAUGGCGCUGCCAUCAAUUCGGCCAAGGUUGAGCCUGGUUCCACCUGUGCCAUCUUUGGUUUGGGAGGCGUUGGUCUGUCUGUUAUCAUGGGCUGCAAAACAGCUGGAGCCUCCAGGAUUAUUGGGAUCGACAUCAACAAAGAAAAAUUUGCUAUAGCGAAAGAGUUAGGAGCCACUGACUGCAUCUCUCCUAAUGAUUUCAACAAACCCAUUGAGAAGGUGCUUGUGGAGAUGACCGGUCUUGGUGUGGACUAUUCCUUUGAGGUGAUUGGGCGUAUUGACACAGUGGUAGCUGCCCUUGCCUCUUCCCGCUUGGGUUCUGGAACUUGUGUACUGGUAGGUGCACCUCCUUCAGGAUCGCAGCUCACUUUCGAUCCCAGAUUGAUCCUCACAGGGAGGAAACUGAUAGGGUCCUUUAUUGGAGGUUGGAAGUUAAAAGAAGCUCUCCCAAAACUGGUUUCUGAUUACAUGAACAAGAGAUGUAACCCAGAUGCAUUGAUAAGUCACACAUUGCCCUUUGAAAAAAUUGCUGAAGGUUUUCAGCUGCUACGUGCAGGUAAAAGUAUUCGCUGCGUCUUGUUGUUUUAAAGUCCUAACAGCAACGAGUCUCUGGUGCAUCAGUUCAAGACAGUGUCCCGUUCAUUGGAUCCUUCAUGUUCCUGACUAACUUCAGCAGUCAUUGACGCUUUAAAAAAUUCAACUGACAUCCAUAUUUUAACCUUGAAACUGUUAACUUUUUCAGCAUAUUGCAAGGAAUCCAUGAAUCCAUAUGUGCACUAAACACCGUCAUUUGGAUCAUUUGGGUAUUGUGUAUUUUGUUACUCAACAGAUACUAAUAGUAUCUGAAAAUUACUAUCAUUACUAUAAUGUGGGAAGUUCACAAAAAUUUUGGAUGUUAAAAAGGGAUCCUCUUAUUCAAAAUGGGUGGAACCACCUCUAGAUACAUUUGGGUAGUGUAUGUAGGGCUUUUCCCCACUUUGGGUUAAUUAGCAGCUCCCCAGGUGGAAUUUUGAGUUGUUAUAUCAACUGCCACCAACAGGAGAAUGAGAGGAGAGUUCAACAGAAUUGGUUCCAAUGGUGGAAUGAAGCCAGGUCACUAUGAAAGAGGGAAGCAAAGCAGAAGCUGAUAACUGGAAUGAAAUCUCCCACAAUCACCCACACACUUUGCCCUUCUGUCUAGUUUGACCUUCACAGAUGGUGCCCUGGGUGACUUUUAACAGUUACCAAUGAGUGCAGGCUCAUCAGUUUUCACACUGGCAUCAUACUUAGCCACCACCCCUGAAAUAUGUAAUUUAGGCACUGGAAGAAAGUACGCUUAACAGAGCUACAAAUAAAACAUAUAAAUCCAUAUACAUUAUUCUUAGCUCAGGGAUAGUCUUAACCAUAUUUUUAAUCUCUCAUCUGUAUUCUGUCAAAAAUGAUGUGUUUGCAAGGGGCAGGAAACUCUGGUGAGGCCGAUUCUCUGCUUGCCUUGCUGCAGUCUCGCACUCAUUUUUCCCGUAGUGUUUCUGCCCGAUCUUGCACACACUGCCUUGGAGCUGUGACUUGCCCCACCUCUUUCUGCGGCUUCAAAAUCUGGUUUUCAGAGCAUCCUAUCCUACAGCCACAGGGAAAAAGGAGCGCGCGAUCCAGAGCCAGUGCUAGGCUUUCUGGGGUCCUAGGCGAAUCACCCACUAGCACACACACACCCCUUAUUAAAAAAUAUAGAGACAUUUAAGAGCGCCAAACUUGAAACUUUUCACAUUUUUAUUUUACUGAUUUUUAAUUUUUCAAAAAAAUUGUGAUGUUAUAAAAAAAUUGUGAGAAUAAGUGCUUGCCAGCCAUGUUAAGAAGGAGGGUGGCAGGAUAGGAUGAGGUGGGAGGCCAAGUCACACAUAGGGGAGAGGGGGGUGGCUUGGCUUUGUUGAGGGCAGCUUGGUGACGGGAGAGGACAAGGUGACAGUGGUCAGGAGCCAGAGUCGUGCAUCAGGGAGGGGGCACCCAGUGGAGCCCCCUAGGCCAGGUGGCGCCCCAGACGACGGCCUACUUUGCCUACUCCCACGCACCAGCCCUGGCGAGACCGCAGCAAGGCUAGUGGGGAAGCGGCCUGAGUGUCAGAACUUCUGAAUAAACCAAGAUCAAAACAAAUGAAGCAAACAAAAGCAAACUUUAGGAAAUCCAAAACGGAAAUUCAGACAAGUAAAAGUAAAAUCAAGUAAGUUUUUUUUUUUAAAAAAAUGCCUAAAUGUGUAUGCUUUAGACUUCAUAGCUAAAUUUUACUUGACAGCGUCUGUUAUUUUCUGAUAUUAGCCUAAUGUAAAAGCCGUAAACCAAGUGUAUAGAUGAUAUCUAAAGGAUGGUUUAGAUGCAAAUGUAUGACUCUGCUUGUUAGACUUACUGGGUUCCUGCUUGGGGCAAGGAAUCCUGCUGCUGAUCCUGCAGGCAGUGAGAGUAAAAAGGGAAAAGAAAAAUAGCUGUUGAUACCGGUGUGAAAUCACUUCUGGGGAAGACCUAAAAAUGAUGUCGACCCUCUCUAGGAAUUUCCAGGGAGGAAGGAUGCCCUUUGACCACCCAAAAAAGCUAUGCUGAGGCUCAUUCAUCUGCAUGAACAAAAAAAUUGUGGGAAAUGGACCAUAGCUAAGAAGAGAAUUGGAUGAGAUUGAACUAUAAGGGUGGUUGGAUCCAAUCCAUUAUCUGUGUAUCUUUUAUGUUCAAACAGCUGGUUAUUAGGAUAUUAUCUUCCUAACAUCACUGAAAUGUUAGCAUUGUCAUUUAUCCCCAUGAACUUUGAUUUAAGCUUCAUUAAACCUGCGAAAACUACACUUUAUAAUUCUGUCUGAAUAACCGAUUUCCUAGAUGUAUAUGAUUUGAAUGCCAAUCAAUUAAAAAAAGAAGGAAAGUAUCACCUUA